AUGGCUUGGGAGGAAGGCUGGAGAAAUUUAAUUGUUGAAUCUGAUUCAACAUCUGCAAUCACCAUUCUUUCUAGAAGAGGUGUUGCAGCCCGUGAGUCCCACUUGAACCCAUGGUUCAACAAUGGCGGCGGUAGUGGUAAUAGUGGCGAUGGUGGUGGUGGUGACGACAGUGACUGUGGCGAUGGUGGAGGUAAUGCUGGCGAUGAUAGCGACGACAUGGGUUGCAACAAUGGUGUUGGUAAUGGUGUCGGUGGCAGUAGUGGUGGCGAUGGUGGUGGUGGUGACGACAGUGGCUACGAUAAUGAUAGUGGUAAUAGCGGCAAUGGUGGUGGGCGCGGCGACGGUAAUAGUGGUGGCGAUUGUGAUGGUAGUGAUGGUGAUAACAUGGUGGAGGUGGUGAUAGCAGUGGUUGCAGCGAUGGUGGUGGUGGUUGAACACAGAAAUUGA